GAUCUUCUUUUGGCUUGGAAUCCUAUUUGUCUGGGCCUGGUAGAGGGAGUCAUUGGCAAAGUUCAGCUGCAUACAGAUUUACCAUGGUGGCUACUUUUAAUUCGUCAAAAAGCAUUGAUUGGCAAACUUCCAGGAGACCAUGAGGUUUGCAAAAUAACAAAGAUUGCAGUGAUUCCACUUUCUGAAACUGAACCUCAGGAUCUGGAAUUAGAGCUUUGUAAAAAACACCAUUUUGGGAUAAACAAACCAGAGAAGAUUACACAGUCCCCAGAUGACACAAAAUUUCUGCUGAAGACGCUUACUCAAAUUAAAUCCAAUGUGUCUGCUCCAAAUAAAAAGAAGAUUAAAGAAAGCAAAGAGAAAGAGAAGCUGGAGAAGAGAUUAUUGGAGGAGUUGUUCAAAAUGUUCAUGGAUUCAGACUCCUUUUACUACAGCCUGACCUAUGACCUAACAAAUUCAGUACAGAGGCAGAGUGUGUGUGAGAAAACUAACUUGGCUCUGUGGCGGAAAGUUGAUGACAGAUUCUUCUGGAACAAGCACAUGAUUGAAGAUCUCAUCAGUAUUGAUAACACUGAAGUGGACUUCUGGAUUAUACCCAUCAUACAAGGAUUUGUGCAAAUUGAAGAGCUUGUAGUAAACUAUAGUGAAUCUUCUGAUGAUGAUAAGAGCAGUCCUGAAACUCCACCUCAGGAAUCAACUUGCGUAGAUGACGUUCACCCAACAUUUCUGGUGGCACUUAUUUCCCGCCGGAGUCGGCACAGAGCUGGAAUGCGGUAUAAGCGAAGAGGUGUUGAUAAAAAUGGAAAUGUGGCAAAUUAUGUUGAGACGGAGCAACUGAUUCAUGUUCACAAUCAUACUCUCUCAUUUAUACAAACAAGAGGCUCUGUGCCUGUUUUCUGGAGCCAAGUGGGAUAUAGAUAUAACCCACGGCCCCGACUGGACAAGAGUGAAAAUGAAACAGUGUCCUGUUUUCGUGCACACUUUGAAGAACAGCUGAAAAACUACAGAAAGCAGGUUAUUAUUAAUUUGGUGGAUCAGACAGGCAGAGAGAAGAUUAUUGGAGAUGCUUACCUUAAACAAGUUCUUCUGUACAAUAAUGCAAAUCUGACUUAUGUUUCAUUCGACUUCCAUGAGCACUGCCGAGGAAUGAAGUUUGAAAAUGUUCAAACACUGACUGAUGCCAUUCAUGAUAUUAUUCUUGACAUGAAGUGGUGCUGGGUUGAUCAAGCUGGUGUGAUUUGUAAGCAGGAAGGAAUUUUUCGAGUAAACUGCAUGGACUGUCUGGAUCGUACCAAUGUUGUGCAGGCUGCUAUUGCAAGAGUGGUGAUGGAACAGCAGCUCAAAAAACUGGGAGUAAUGCCACCAGAACAGCCUUUGCCAGUGAAAUGCAAUAGAAUCUACCAGAUAAUCUGGGCAAACAAUGGAGAUGCCAUAAGCCGGCAGUACGCGGGCACUGCAGCCCUAAAGGGGGACUUCACAAGGACUGGUGAAAGAAAGCUGGCAGGGGUAAUGAAAGAUGGAGUUAAUUCUGCCAACAGAUACUACUUGAAUCGUUUCAGGGAUGCUUACAGGCAAGCAGUCAUAGAUUUGAUGCAGGGUGUCCCUGUAACAGAGGAUCUUUAUUCCAUAUUUACAAAAGAGAAAGAGCAUGAAGCCCUGCACAAGGAGAACCUGAGAAGCCAUCAGGAAUUGAUCAGCCAGCUGUUGCAGAGCUACAUGAAACUGCUCUUGCCAGAUGAUGAGAAAUUCCACGGAGGAUGGGCACUUAUUGACUGUGAUCCAAGUCUCAUCGAUGCCACUCAUAAGGAUGUGGAUGUUCUGCUGCUCCUUUCUAAUUCUGCCUACUACGUAGCCUAUUAUGAUGAUGAAAUUGACAAGGUGAAUCAGUACCAAAGGUUAGGUCUUGAAGCUCUGGAAAAAAUAGAAAUAGGACCUGAGCCUACCUUCUUUGGCAAACCCAAGUUCUCUUGCAUGAGGCUGCAUUACAGAUACAAAGACACGAGUGGGUAUUUUCACACUCUCAGGGCUGUGGUCCGAAACCCAGAAGAAGAUGGAAAAGACACUCUUCAGUGCAUUGCAGAAAUGCUGAGAAUCACAAAGCAAGCAAUGGGAUUAGAUGUGCCUAUCAUUGAGAAGAAGCUAGAGAGGAAGAGCAGUAAACCUCAUGAGGACAUCAUUGGCAUUCGGUCUCAGAACAGAGGUUCCCUGGCUCAAGGCAAGAAUUACUUACUGAGCAAGUUCUCAUCUCUCAAUCAAAAAGUGAAACAAACCAAGUCCAAUGUGAACAUGGGCAAUCUUCGCAAGUUGGGCAGCUUCACCAAACCUGAAGUGAAAGUCAGUUUUUUAAAACCAAAUUUGAACGUGAGCCUUUGGAAAUCAGAUAGUAGCCUGGAAACUUUGGAGAAUCCAGUGGUAGAUACUAAAGUCCAUCCCGAAUCUGAUACAGAGGUAUCAGAUAAUGAUUCAUUCCACUCCGAUGACUUCCUGACUAAUUCUAAAUUGAAUGAGGACAACCAGCUGGUGGACUCUCUGGAGAACAUAGGGCAGACAGACUAUGUGCUGCCCAGCUGUGGUAUCAUUGCCUCAGCUCCACGGCUGGGCAGUCGGUCCCAGUCUGUUAGCAGCACUGACAUGAACAUUAGCAUCCAUGUCCCAUCCGACGUCCGUGUCUCUCAGGCUGGCCGGUCUGACUGUGACGACCUCCCCACUCCUUCUGCUGACAAUGUGGAGAUGGAGCUUGCUAAACCUAUUGAUGUGUACUGCCAGAGGUUUGUGCACGAUGCUCAAAAUAAGGUGUCAGAUGUGUUGGAGGCUGAGGCUGGUUCUCAAGAGCCCUAUCACGUCAUAAAUCAAGCCAGCAAUAAUACAUCUAAGAAGGCAGAAACCAAGGCUGAAGCUAUCAGAGAUAUUCCUCCCAGGCCAUCUAAGUUGGACGUACAGUCUUCUGAGCCAAAUCCUCAGCUCUUAGCUGUUGGUGGGAUUGACUUUACUAAAUCUCAUAAAAGCCCAGGAUCUGUGUCUGGUAACGCUGAGCCAGGACUCCACAUGACCCCUUCUCCAGCUGACGGCAGCAGCAGCAGAGCUGUGUCCCCGUUUGCUAAAAUUCGCAGUUCCAUGGUCCAGGUUGCUAACAUCACACAAGCAGGCUUGACUCAAGGCAUUAAUUUUGCUGUGGCAAAGGUCCAGAAGAGCCCUGCAGACCCAGAAGCUAUAAAUGAAAUCAGACAGAAAGAACUGAAAGAAAUGUUUACGCAAUGCCAGACACGAAUAAUUCAAAUCUAGUUGCUGAUUUAGGAAGUGUUCUUCUGGAUGUGGCUUUGAAUACUAAAAAAAUGACAUCAGGACCUGUUGUGGCACGAACUGCUACUGAAUACUGGGAUCAAGAACACAGAGAACUUGUUUACAAGAAGUGAGAUGCACAAAUGAAUUUGGUUCUGACCAAGCUUCCAAAUUCCCUCAGGCAGCUGAGACAAAAGAACAGUGAACCGUACUCAAACAGGUAGCUUAGACGCUGGGAUUUAAGAAGCAUGUUGUCUGUCUUAAAUGUGUUGCACAGUUACUUUUGGAGACUAAUUUUGUAGCUCUUCUGAUUUAUGUAGAAAGUAUUUAUACUAAAAAGGUGAUACUGCACUUCUGUGACCUUACUUACCUUGCACUGCACCAGCAAAAUACCUUACCAGUAAAUUACA